UGGAGCGGUCCUGCAGCGGUACCAGCCUCCAGCCUGUCGCCUGGACUGCCCCUGACCCAGGAGCCCCGCUGCUCGGUGGCAGGAGGGCCGGCGGAGCGCCAUGGCCUGCAUCCUGAAGAAAAAGUCUGUGAUUGCAGUGAGCUUCAUAGCAGCGUUCCUCUUCCUGCUGGUUGUGCGCCUUGUGAAUGAAGUGAAUUUUCCCUUGCUACUAAACUGCUUUGGACAACCUGGUGCAAAAUGGAUACCAUUCUCCUACACAUACAGACGGCCCCUUCGAACUCACUAUGGAUACAUAAAUGUGAGGACGCAAGAGCCUUUGCAACUGGACUGUAACCUUUGUGCCAUAGUGUCAAACUCAGGUCAGAUGGUUGGCCAGAAGGUGGGGAACGAGAUAGAUCAGUCUUCCUGCAUUUGGAGAAUGAACAAUGCCCCCACCAAGGGCUAUGAAGAAGAUGUUGGCCGCAUGACAAUGAUUCGAGUUGUAUCCCAUACCAGCGUUCCUCUUUUGCUGAAAAACCCUGAUUAUUUUUUCAAGGAAGCAAAUGCUACUAUUUAUGUUAUUUGGGGCCCCUUCCGCAAUAUGAGGAAAGACGGCAAUGGCAUUGUUUACAACAUGUUGAAAAAGACUGUUGACAUCUAUCCCAAUGCCCAGAUUUACGUGACCACAGAGAAGCGCAUGAGUUACUGUGAUGGAGUGUUUAAGAAGGAAACUGGGAAAGACAGAGUCCAGUCUGGCUCUUAUCUCAGCACGGGUUGGUUUACCUUCAUUCUGGCCAUGGAUGCCUGUUAUGGCAUUCACGUCUACGGGAUGAUAAAUGACACCUAUUGCAAGACAGAAGGGUAUAGAAAAGUCCCCUACCAUUACUAUGAACAAGGAAGAGACGAAUGUGAUGAAUAUUUUCUCCAUGAACACGCCCCAUAUGGGGGGCAUAGGUUUAUCACUGAAAAGAAAGUGUUUGCUAAAUGGGCCAAGAAACACAGGAUAAUAUUUACACACCCAAACUGGACAGUGUCUUGA